AUGGCCAUUCGAAGAUUACAACAAGAUUUUCGACAGUUGCUAAAAAAUAAAGUGGAAGGUAUCGAUGCUAGUCCAUCAUCCGAUAAUUUUUUUGUCUGGAAUGCUAUUAUUUGUGGACCUGAAGAAAGUGUCUAUGAAUCUGGUGCAUUUCAACUUCAAUUAACUUUUCCAGAUGAUUAUCCGCAUCGACCACCACAAGUUCGUUUCAUAACCAAAGUUUUUCAUCCUAAUGUUUGGUGGGAAGAUGGACUCAUUUGUGUUGAUAUAUUGAAAGAUGGUUGGGCGCCAUCGUAUGAUGUUUUGUCUAUACUUCAUUCAAUUCGUUUACUUCUUAUUGAUCCAAAUCCACUUAGUCCGGCCAAUUUAGAAGCUGCUUUACUUUACCGAGAUAAUCGAGUUGAAUUCAAUCGACGUGUUUCACAAAUGAUUCAAGAUUCACUUGAUGCAGAUAAUGAAGAUGAAAAUGAUGAUGAUGGUGGUGAUGACGACAAUGAUGAUGAAGAUGAUAGUGGCAAUGAUACUGAUAGUGAAGAUGCCGCUCAAAUUGAAGAUGGUGACACACGUCGUCAAAAAACGACAAUUCUACGUCAAACACCACCACGACCAGAUUUUGAUUCAUCUCGUUCUAAAUUACAAAAAUUAAGUGAUAGUGAAGGUUCCUUAACGCGAGAAGAAUAUGAAAAAAUGAAGCAAGAACUAGAAGCUGAAUAUUUGGCUAUGUUUAAAAAAACAGUCUCAAUGCAUGAAGUAUUUCUUCAACGUCUUGCAGCACAUCCAGUUUUACGUAAUGAUAGUAAUUUUCGUAUAUUUCUCGAAUAUAAAGAAGAUUUAAGCGUCCGUGGUAAAAAUACCAAAGAACAAAUCAGUGGUUUCUUUAAAACAUUAACAAAAACAGCUGAUGAAGUAUUCCUAGCAAAUCAAAAGGAAAGUGAUGAAUUUUUCGAACGGCAAAAACAAUUUCUUUUAACAUAUAAUACAAAAAUAAACGAUACAACAACAGCUGCUGAUAAAAUAACACGAACACAGAAGACUGUUUCUGAUACUUAUAUUAAAUUAUCAAGUUGUUUAAAUACUUUAGCAAUCUCGGAUAAAAAUGAUUUAUCUAAGUAUUUUAUUUUAAUGGCAGAUUUUUUUGAAAAAGCUCGAAAAUCUGAAACACGUAUACAAUCUGAUAUUGAUCUUAAAUUAUCAGAUACAUUAAAAUAUUAUAUGCGUGAUACAAAAGCUGCUCUUGAUUUAAUGUAUCGUCGAUCACGUUGUUUAGCUGAUUUUGAUACAGCUAAUAAAAAUUUAGAUCGUGCACGACAAAAAAAUAAAGAUAUACAACAAACUGAAACUGUUCAACAAAAUAUUAAAAAAAAAUUUGAAACUAUUUCAGAAAAAGCAAAAGAUGAAUUAAAUGACUUUAAAAAUCGACGAGUACAAAUGUUUCGUAAAAAUUUAAUUGAAUUAACUGAACUUGAAAUAAAACAUACGAAAUCUCAAAUUCAAACGAUCAAAAGUGUUAUACAACAAUUCGAAGCACUCUCAUCAUAA